AUGUCGGUGUCUACGACAUCUCUCUCCCUAGAGGGGCUUCUUGUGGUGGUCUUGCACCGACCCCUGGCCUCCGCAUUCACCUUCCUGGUCAUCUUCAUAACCUACAAACUUGCCAUGAAACCAAUCCUCUUUCCCUCACCCUACCGCCAACUUCCACGCCCUCAACGAGCAUCAUACAUCCUCGGACAACGAGCUGUCGAAGCGCAAGGCCUCACCUACACCCCACCCCACUCUACCCCUGUGAAGGUUAGCGGACCAGGCGAAGUAGUCAAACACUACGCCCGAACCCUCGAUACCUCCGUCUUUGUUUUCCCAGAACCCUUUGGCGGAGAAUCCAUCUUCAUUUCCGAUCCCUUCGCUCUCAACGCUAUCCUUGGCGACAUUGACAAAUUCCAAUCCGACCUGCUCCGAUCCUCCAUCAUAGAGUUUAUCGUCGGUAACGGCAUUGUUACUCGCUACGGAGAUGCGCAUAGACGGCAGCGGAAAUUGAUGGCUCCGGCGUUCACACCUGCGCAUUUGAAAGGCUUGACAUCAAUCUUUAGCAAGUAUGCGGAUCUCAUGUGCGAAAAGAUAGCAGCGAGCGGGAAAGAUACAGUAGAUUUGGCCGAGUAUCUAGACUGUACGAUGUUAGACAUUAUCGGAAUGGCAGGGUUUGGAUAUUCUUGUAGGGCAUUGGAGAAGGGUCGCGAUGGAUCCGAGUUGAGUUCUGCAUUUAAUGCUGUGAAUCAAGCAGCGAUUGAUUUUGGAUUGGGUAGAGCGAUUCAUUUGGGGCUGAGUGCGAUGAUUUACCCCAAAGCUUGUACUUGGCCGUUGUCCGAGGCGAAUAGGAGGAUUGCGAAGGUGAAUAAGGUGAUGGAUAGGAUUUCGAUGCAGAUUGUACGUGAAGCGAAGACCAAGGUGCAAAAGGAAGGGGAAGAUUUGGGGGAUAAAAAGGAUCUUCUUUCGUUGCUGAUGAAGGGUAAUCUGGAUGCAGGGGCGGCGGAGAGGAUGACGGAUAAGGAAAUUAGUGGGCAGAUUCAGACGUUCAUGUUUGCGGGAUAUGAGACGUCUUCUGUUACCACUUCUUGGGCUUUGCAUUUCCUCUCGCAGCAUCCGAAGGUGCAGGAGAAACUGAGGAAGGUGUUGGACGAAACGAUGAAGGAACGAAAGGGUAUAGCACUGGAAGAGAUCAGAGCGGCAGAUUUGGAAUACGACGAUGUCUGGUGCGAUCAAGUGAAAUACCUCGAUUGGAUCCUUGCCGAAACUCUUCGCCUAUGCCCACCUGUUCCAGGAAACGACCGUGAAGCAACCCAAGAUACAGUCCUACCCCUCAUGACCCCCAUCAAACUCACCAACGGAACCACUACAUCCCAACUCGUCAUCAAGAAGGACACCCGCGUCACUGUCGGAAUCAAAACUGUCAACUACGACAAACGUCUCUUCGGCCCAGACGCAGAUGAGUUCAACCCAGACCGUUUCGGUGACCUCCCCGAAUCACACUCAAACGCCAAAAUCCCGCCCUACGGAACAUACUCCUUUAUUGGCGGACCAAAGUCUUGCAUUGGAUCCAAGUUUGCAUUGACGGAGAUGAAGAUUCUGAUCAUUGCUGUAUUGGCGAGAUUCGAGUUAUCUCCGGAACCAGGGGUAACGAUUAAGCAGCAUCAAGCGUUGAUUGUGCGUCCGAGGGUGGAGACGAGUGAGGGUGCGGCUGGUGCGGGGAUGCCGUUGCGCGUGCGAAGGCUUGUUAGCAAGGCUUAA